AUGCUCAAAGCGGCCCCCAACCUGGACCCGGAGAUAAAGAAGGCGGAGUCCGACCUUCCCACCUUAAUUCCUCCACAUCCUGUUCGUGACCUCCUUCUCCAUCCCAUCGGAUUUCUUGAAGCAGCCCCCGCCGGAUUACUGAGCUGGCCUGGACGCACGACGAUUUAUUUCUGCCCCCAACUCGGUCUGAUUAAGUGUACACCCCCGUUAGUCGCUCAUGUCCGAUCCUCCAGUCAACUCCUGGACCCGCUUGGCGCGGACCCCUCAACCCCAGCACCGCCCAAGAAGAGAACGCGGGUCCAAUUCUCGUGCACAGCAUGCCGAUUCCGGAAAUUAAAAUGCGAUCGCUCAUACCCUUGCACCAACUGCAAGAAGCGGGGUGAGGCAGGAACCUGUACCUAUGUUGGCCGAGGUCCUCGAGGAAAGCCCCAGCACGGGCGCUCAAGCCCAACGCUGGUGCAAGAUCGUCUUCAGCAUUUGGAGAAUCUGGUCAUGUCACUGUCUCAGAAGAAGAGGCCCGCCGAGUCUGUCAGCGAUUUCAAUGCUGGCUCGUCGGAUGCAACCGCGUAUGACACGCCGCCCUCGGUAGGCGAUCGCGAGGCAAAGUCGUCUCCCGCCGAUACGGGAACACUGGUCGUCAAAGACGAAGGCAUCAGUUACAUAGACAGCGCUGACUGGCGUGCGGUUCUGCAAGAGGUCUGUAUUGAAUUCAUUACCUACUGCGUGCAAACACCCUGUGCUAAUCCUGAUUUGAUUCUUCAGAUCAACGGCGUGAAAGAGUAUAUCGCUGAGCAUGAAGACUCCGAGGAGGAAGACUUUGAGGAUGUCCUCGGCGAGGGUCCAUCUCCUACUUUGCUGUUGGGAAUGUCCAGGCCAGUCACCAAGGAAGAAGUGCUCAUCGACAUUCCCCCUCGACCGAUAGCUGAUCGUUUGGUGUCCCGGUUCCUCAAGACGACCGAGCCAGCAUUACUUGCCCUCCAUAUCCCUACAUUUCAAAGAGAGUACGAUCAAUUUUGGGGAAACCCGUACAGCGUGUCAUAUACUUGGAUUGCUAUUCUUUACGAUAUUCUGGCCUUAUCGGUAUCUUGGUAUCGCCGAUGCGAGCAAGCUCUGCCAUCUGACAUGGUGGAUGCGGCCACUGCUUGGGAUAUCUUCCGCAAAAGAGCAGCUCAGUGUCUAGUACAAGCGAACUAUCUCACACCAGGUCGUUACAAGUGUGAGGCAUUGUUCCUCUACGCAAUUUGUGAAUUUUACCGGAGCCAGGACGCCCAGGUCGGGGUCUCGUACCUCCUGACAAUGACAAUUCGUCUCGCCAUGCGCAUGGGCUAUCACCGUGAUGCAAGACACUACCCGAGCCUCUCUGCUUUUGAUGGCGAGAUGCGUCGUCGUCUAUGGUCCCUGCUAUGUCAACUUGAUAUUUUGAUAUCCUUCCAGGUUGGACUGCCGCGGACCAUUCAGCCUUGGCAGUUCGACACAGAACCACCCUCCAACCUGCACGACACUGAGUUUGACCAGAAUACUAUCCAAUUGCCACAAGGACGAAGUGACGAGGGAGAGGUAACAGCCUGCACAUACUCCAGAGCAAAAUCGAGACUCAUGACAGUCUUUGGUCAAGCUGUCGACCUGGCCUAUUCACGAGAGACAGCCCCAUAUGACGAGAUCCUUGCAAUUGACCGCCGUCUGGAAGAAGCACAUAACCUGCUGCCCACGACGUUCCGCAUCCAACCCAUUGCCCAAUGCAUCGCGCUAUCAACUGGUCUCAUCAUGCGACGAUACUCUUUGGAAUUGCUCUACCAAAAAUCGCGCGUGGUGCUGCAUCGGCGAUACAUGGCGGAGUCAGGGAACAAAUAUGCCUACUCGCGAUCUAUUUGCCUUACUGCUGCUCGGGAGACUCUGCGCCACCAUGCUGAUAUCUGGAAUGAGUCUUUACCAGGCGGUCAGCUGUACGCCGAGCGGUUCUUUGUCAACUCUUUCCAAAACACUGAUUUCGUGCUUUCUGCUAUGAUUCUCUGCUUGGAAUUGUCUCAAGACAAUGAGCGUGGAAGUGCUUCUCGCUUGGGAGCCCAAGAACGCACUGAUCUGAUCUCCCUUUUGGAGACCACGCAUCGGAUUUUCAAGGAGGCACGACGUCGAUCUGUAGACACGCAGCGGGCGUUUGCCGCUUUGACGAUUAUGCUCAGUCAGGUGCAUGGCAGGAAUGUUGAGAGUCUGGUAUCAGAGACCGAGGACCGUGGGAUUCCAAUGGAAGAUCAAGUGACAUUCCAAUUGGCUUCGACCACAAUGGAUCAGGAGCUCUACCCAAUGCAUGCCACGGCCAGCGCUGAUGACGUGCAAUCCGCGAUGUACAAUUCCAGCUCGACACCUUCGUACUCAUCACUCGAAGUGAUCGGAGACAUGCUGAGCACGCCAGCUCAAAUUGAUUGGCGCCUGUAUGACAGUCGUAUCUCUGGAUAUGCUGUAGCGAACCAGGAAAACCCCUGGAUCAUGGCAGCGCAAGGUUUGCCUGCAGAUAUGGAUUUCAUGGCGUAUCCAAAUGGUGAUUAUUCGACGCAGAUAUGUUAG